AUGAUCCAAUAUAAACUGGAGUUCAAGGGGUGUCAGGGGGUACUAGGUAUCAAUGCACACACAUCCAUCGUCUCAAAGAUCGAUAAGCUGUCUAUCUUGGGUGUUCGCUCUUUCGAUAACACGCGCAGCGAGACAAUUCAAUUCCAUACCCCCCUCACGUUGAUUGUCGGAUACAAUGGUUCCGGAAAGACGACCAUCAUCGAGUGUCUCAAAUAUGCCACGACAGGUGACCUCCCCCGAACAGCAAAGGCGGUGCUUUUAUCCACGACCCGAAGCUAUGUGGCGAGAAAGAGGUCCUGGCCCAAGUGA